GAGGUGAGAUGAUGAAUCUGUGCAGGAUUGUUUUAAACUCUUCGAUAUGUGAGUGUAGCUGUGAGCAGGUCAGUCUGUUAGAAUCAGACAGGGCGUCUCUCAGUCUCUCAGUUUGGUCACUUUGACUUUCAGCCAGCAAAGUUUCAGUAUCAGAGUUUUAGCUGACUCUCUGCUCCUGCUGCUGGCAGAGGAAAUGAAACUGCUGUAACUCAGCCACAGCUCCGCUGUUUCUCUGAGACAGACCAUUUCUGCUGAAAACCGAGACAGGACCGUGUCCUGAUUGGACCGUCUCACAGAUCCAACAUGGCGGUCCCUCAGCUGAAUCUGGAUGACUACAAUAUCUACAGUCACCUGUCUGACGAGGAGCUGCUGCAGAUUGCUGUAGAGAGAAGUCUCUCUGACAUGCACCAUCCCCCAGGCUCUGAUCAGACCACAUCAUCAUCAUCCUCAGCUCCUCCCACCCUGGCUGCUCCAACCCAAACAAACCUAAACCCCAGACAGAGACACCCUGAGGCCCACAGACACCGGUACCACAUACCUCCAUCCCCAUCGCCACCUCCAGAACCCCCAGAUGUCCCAAACUGUGCGAACCCCCCAGAAGCCCUGUCACGGUUUCUUUACAGAGCCUUCAGGCGAGAGUUCAGUCCUUUGCAGUGUUUGAUUAUGAAUGGAGAUGCUGAGGCGUUGGUGGGUUUGGUCAGACAGAGGUCCAACAGUCUGAUGACUCCAAACGAUGAAGGCUGGAUCGCUCUUCAUGAAGCAGCUUAUUAUGGGCAGCUGCAGUGCGUCCGGAUCCUCCUCAGAGCUUAUCCUGACUCAGUGAACAGACGCAGUUUGACGAAUCAGACCGCUCUUCUUCUGGCCGCCGGGCGAGGACACGUUUCCUGUGUCGACUUUCUCCUGCAGCACGGAGCCGACCCAAACAUCGCCAACAAGGACCGCGACACGCCGCUGUUCACAGGUGACGUCUCAGAAACAUCAGCCUGUGAGCAUCCGAGCGAAGCCAUCGUGGAGCUGCUGCUGAGGUCUGGAGCUCAGGUGAACCUCUCCUGUAGUCAGGGAGCAACUGCUCUUCACGAAGCGUGCAGAAAUGGACACGUGAAACUGUGCAGGAUGUUACUGGAGACCGGAGCUAGUCUACACACCAGAAACAUCUAUGGCAUCCAACCAUUCUUCACUGCCGCGCAGCAGGGACACGUCAACGUCAUCCACCUGCUCGCAAAGAAAGGUGCAGAUAUAAACGGACAGGCGGCCGAUGGAGCCUCGCCGCUGUAUGAAGCCUGUAAGAACGGCCAUGUUUCAGCUGUGGAGGCGCUGCUCUCCCUGAAGGCUGACGCGAACCGAUCUAUGAAGUCGGGCCUGCUGCCUCUUCAUGUGGCCGUUCAGAACAAUCACACACGAAUCGUGUCGAUGCUGAUCACGGUCACCAGCCGGGUCAGAGUCCGACGCAGUGGCAUUAGUCCUCUGCACAUCGCCGCAGAGAGGAACAGGGACGACAUCUUGGAGCUGCUGAUUGAGUCCGGCUUUGACAUCAAUGCCGAGCUGUCGGAGGAGCACUCCAGGAUGUACGAAGACCGGCGGAGCACAGCGCUGUACUUCUCUGUCUACAACGGGAACCUGGAGGCUGCUGAAAUGCUGCUGGAGGCCAGAGCGGACCCCAACCUGGACCUCUUCAACCCGCUGCUCAUCGCUGUCCGGCUUGGCUGGUUGGACAUGGCGAAGCUGCUGCUGAGGUACGGUGCUAACGCCAACGCUCAGAUCUCCACGCAGCCGUCCUCGUUCCCGUCUGCCAUCCUGCUCAACAUGGAGUGUCUGCCUAUGCUCAAGCUGCUGCUUGACAACGGCUGCGACGCCCGGCCCUGCUUUGACUGUUCCUACGGCCAAAACCCACAUCCGGCCGUCACGCCGUCACGCCGUCCCAUCGAAGAAAUGCAGGUCAGCAGAGAUGCGCCACCGCUGCGCAGCAUUCAGUUCUGCGAGGUCGUCUCCAGCUCGUCCUUCUGUCGUGUCACUGAUCCAAUCAUCUCGAUGCUGCUGGACUACGUCAGCCACGUUCACCUCUGCUCUCGGCUCCGUGAGCUUCUGGACAGUUGCAGCAACUGGACAUCGAUCAAACUGAAAGCUCUUCCUCCUCAUCCUCUGAUGCAGCUCUGCAGGCUGAAGAUCAGAUGUCUUGUUGGAGUCAGACGACUCAAACUGCUGCACACGCUGCCACUUCCUGUCCGACUCGUCCGCUUCCUGCAGUAUGACGUCCACUGCUCCCUCACCUGAAAUGAUGCAAUACAUGUGAAACAGGACCUGGACUCUGACUCACAGACGUCCUGGUUAGUGAUGUAAAGAGAAAGAUUUUAUAAAUGAAUAAAUUUCACAAUAAUAAUAAUAAGAAUUUUACAUGUUGGUGUUUUUAAAGAUGAACUGUCAGAGACAUGUUAACUGUGACCUUUGACCUGAGUCAGCACACUGUGUCUGUUCUAUUAACUGGAGCCGGAAAAUAAACUCAUCAUCAUCAUCACCAUCAUCAUCGACAGUCAAAACUGUCCAACAACGUCCAAACGAAGUCACUGCAGAUUUGAGCCAUAAACAUAAGUUUGUAUGACGAACGUUUUCUGAUGCUCUGAUUCUUUAUAGUUUUUAAUUACAUCAUAAAUGUAACAUAUUUAUUUCAAUAUAAAUAUUAAU